GAAAGAGAUUUCAUGACUCAAAACUUAUAUAUUGUAGAGACUUGUGCAUAAUUUUAGUUUUGUAUACCAAAAUCCAAAUAACUCAAAAAGUUCAACUUUUUUCUUAAAAAAAAAACAAUAUAUAUAGAAAGAUAAAACUGAGAGAGUAUCCAUGGAUGUAGCUGGUGAAUUCCAUCGAAUAGAAAAAGAUGGUAAACUAUAUUUUGAAUAUCACCAUUCAAAAUACCAUCCCAUACCCCAAAUUCAAAGCUUAUCCUCCUCCAAUGAAACAAUCAUCAACAACCACACAUCUCAAUCUCUUUUCGUAUGUCCAGUUACACGAUGUCGUGUUGCACUUAAUGAGUCACCUGAUAGAUCCACAUUUUCUCCAAUCUUUUCUUCUCCAGAGUAUCUCUUCUCUACAAUAGAUCAUGAUCUUUACCAUUCAUUACUCCCUUUGUUUUGGUGCAACAAUAAAGACUUUGAAAUAGAUGGUGGGUGUGACAUAUGCAAAGGUUUAAAUUCUGGCACCGAUUAUUAUCUUUGUGAUUACUGUAAUGGAAAGUAUCACAGAGAAUGUGUUCAGUCUCCACUUAAAAUAAAAUCUCCUUAUCACCUUCAGCAUUCUCUCCAACUUUGCUUUUAUUGUCCAAGUGCUCGCAUCAUCGAAUGUUUAGUCUGUGGAAGAACAAUAAGCCGUCUACUAUAUUAUUGUGACAUUUGUCGAGUUUUCAUGCAUUCAGUAUGUGUCAUGAAACCCAUACCCUUUGUUAUAGACCUACCAAAAAGGCAUGAUCAUCCUCUCACUUUUUUUCCUAGACAAACUUCCUUAACUUGCAACGUUUGUGGCUUGUUGAGAAAAAUGUAUCCCACAUAUAUAUGUGUCACAUGCAACUUUGUAGCUCAUAAAGAUUGUAUGUAUUUUCCUCGCAUCAUCCAAAUAUCACGUCACCGCCAUCGUAUCUCUUACAAAUCUUCACUCCCUUCCGGAGAAUGGUUAUGUGGAGUUUGUCGCCAAAAUAUUGAGAUCGAUUAUGGUGCUUAUAGUUGUGACAAGUGUUGUGAUUAUGUUGUCCAUUCAAUAUGUGCUCUAGGGAAGGAUGUGUGUGAUGGAGAAGAUCUGGAAGGUGUACCAGAAGAAGAUGAUAUAACACUAGGUGUUGAAUCAUUUGAUGUGAUAUCUGAAGGAGUGAUACUUCAUUUUCUUCAUGACCAUCAUCUCUACCUCCAGGAAAGUAUACUUUAUGAUGAGAAUAAGUUUUGUCAAGCUUGUGUUCUACCUAUCUUUGAAGGUAAUAUUUAUUCUUGUAUCGAGUGUGGCUUCAUCCUCCAUGAAACAUGCGCACAAUCUCGCCGCAAAUUACAACAUGCGUUACAUCCUCAUCCACUUACACUGAGGCAUGUGAAUCCAUAUGAAUAUGUUGGCUUCACGUGCGAUGCAUGUGAUCGUUUAUGUGGUGGGUUUAUCUAUGGGUGUCAUUUAAAGGAAUGUGACUUCGAUCUGGAUAUACGGUGUGCUUCAAUAUCUGAACCGGUUGAUUACCAAGGUCAUGAACAUCCCUUGUACUUAGCUUUAAACUCUGAAGAACAGCCCGUAUGUCAUGUAUGCCAAAUAAAAUAGUUCUGUGGGAAGAAGAAAUAUGUGACAAAAGUUGGUGUGAGGUGUGUGAACAUGAUUUGAGAAAUACAAACACAAAUGUGAUC